AUGGCUUUUGUGGCACAUAUAUUGGUUUUAAAUGAAUUAGAACAACAUCAAGCCAUUUAUGCAUUAAAAGUCCAACGUCGAAGACUUAGAGACAUAUACAAUCCGUUUGAUUUACGUGAAUACGAUUUUACAAAAUUAUUUAGAAUCUCAAAAAAUUUGGCUUUAUACAUUAUUGACAAGUUAUCCUAUGUACAACGACUGCAAAGAAAACGUAAAAAUGGAUUGUCAUUACAACUGCAAGUAAUAGUAGCAAUUAGGUUUUUUGCUUUUGGAUCUUUUCAAAGAUGUGUCGGCCAAGAUAACUUAGGUAGUAUAAGUCAACCAUCUGUUAGCCGUUGUAUAACAAGGGUAGCUACAUCCUUGUUUGAAGUUUGUUUAAGUGAUUGGGUCAGAUUUCCACAAAAUGAUGCUGAGAGAAAAGCAGUGGAGAUAAGAUUUAGAGAUAUAAUGGGGGUUCCGGGUAUUAUAGGGUGUAUAGAUGGAACACAAGUAGCUAUUGCAACACCAUUUCCUUUAGAUAAUGAAGAGGCGUAUAAGAAUCAUCAUGGAUAUCAUUCUAUAAAUUGUCAAUUG